AUGAUCCAAAGAGUGAUAAAAUAUGGCGUGUGUAAUUGUUCGUUUGACCCCUUGGCGGAGAAUCAAAUCGGUAUAAAAAUCGAUUACUCGCCACUCACAAUUAGCUCGAAGCAACUAGCUGACAACAUACGGUGGACCACACGUGAAUUGGCUAAGAUUUGCGACCCCAUCACUGCCUCUUGCCGAUGCCUCCCAGAUAUGCAGCGAACAUCGACUAACAUCAAGCUGAGAGAGCCCUUGAGGGCCCUGAAAUAA